UUUCUUAAUUUGGAAUGAUUUGGAAGCAUUUCUUCCAGGUACAUAGUAUGCCAAUGCACUUGUUCAAGUCUCAUUUAUGUUGGUUGUGUUUUUAUCUUUGUUUCUAAUUAUUUACACGUGGAAAACUGUCCAGACAUAAUGGCAUUAACCCAGGUGAGCCAUACAGAUUGCAGAAGAGCCUCUUUACAUUCUAAUAAAAUGCUUACCUGAACAACUUUACUAAAGACACAUGUCUUUGCUCACUCUGAGUAAAUCCCAGCAACACCAAGUGGGGUUGAAGAAGACAGCAACUGUAAAUUUUAAGGAAAAUAAAGGAAAAUAUAAGAAAUCUCGACUGUAUUGUAGUUUAACAGCUUCUAUUAUGCAAAAACAGGCUGAACACAUACACAUUCAUCUCCCUGGUGCCAGGAAUGUUGUCCUGAAACCCUUGGCAGGAUCAGAAAUACUACCAGAGGACAAGUACAGAAAGUUGUUAUGGAAACAACCAUGCUUCAGCUCAGAGGUAUUUACAGAGGACUUUCAGGAUUAUCUCAUUCUACAAAAUCAACUCUUUUGCUUCAUCCAGGCCAGUGUACUACAAUCACAUAUCUAUUUUUAAGGGUUCUUCAGCCAGCUGUCCUGGAGUAAAUAUGAAUCUCAAGAGAGAGGGGUGGUGAUCACAUCACCAAGUGUGAUUUAUGUGUAGCGUUUUUGUGUUCCACAUUUGAAGCUUGUUCACACUUGCCUUGCCAUUGUCCAGUGUGUAGGUUGCCAUAAUGCAAGAACAGGGUGGCUGUUGACUACAGCCUGUGGCAGGGAAACAUUUCCUGCCUCUCUGGCCCCACCUAUGAUACUGUGGACCUGCUCUCAUUCUCUCAAGUCCCCCUCCAGACCAGACAGACACUACUGCCUCUGGACAUCAAUUUUGCCCUUGAUUUGUUUUUGGUUUUUCCCUUUUUUUAUCCUUAAUUGUGAAUUGGAAUUUUUCCAACUAUUCAGCAGCAUCUUUGAAAAGAGGCAGCUUUUUGUUUUGUUUCUGAGAAGGUGAUUGCAUAAUGAGGAUUUUCAUAGCUUUUGAAGGAUCUUUUGAACCUUUUGAUGUUUCAGCAGAUGAAACUGUGGAAACUGUCAAGCUGAUGAUAAAGGAUUAUUUCCACAUUCCUCUCUCUGAGGACAAACAAGGCCGGAGGUAUCUGGAGCUAGUGUAUGCUGGAGCUGCUCUAAGGAACAGCUGGAGUCUUGCUGAUGUUGGAAUAUCUUCCUGCUCAACUCUUAAAUGCUUUGUUAAGGAAGAAGAUAAGCCCAUCCUUUAUGUGUUCAAUGCUGUGACCCAGGAGACAAUGCCAGUCUUGGAAGACAUUUCUCUUUUGGGUAAAAAAGUGUCGGAUCUGCGGACACUGGUGACUCAGCGAUGUGGCCUCCCCGUGAGUGUGUACUGUCUCCGCACCCCACAAGGACUGGAGAUGUACGACUGCAACACCCUUGAGGACUACCAGAUGGACCUGGGUACAACACUUCGCUUGGAUGUCUGGGAUGGAUGGAAGGAAUUUUUAAUGGGCUGUCUCCUUGGACAGAAACUCAAAGUCCAACGCUAUUUAUCAAAAGAAGGACCAGUACUCAAGUAUCAGAGAAGAGUGGCCCUGUACAUGGCCGCCUUUCAUGGCUACACUGACCUCAGCGAGUGGGCCCUAAAGCAGGGCGCGAAGCCCCAUGAGGCGGUUGGUGCUCAUCCAUACCGUGCAUGGUGCUAUGAAGCCCUUCAUGCAGAUGUCUCCAGAUGCCCAGUACAUGCUGCUGCAGAAACUGGCCGACUGCUCAUUCUGAAGGCCUUCGUCAACUGCAGCGUUCUGUGUCUCGUAUGCAAAGACGCUGCGGGACAAACUCCUUUGACCAUUGCAGCCAGACAUGGGCAUGAGGACUGUGUGUUAUAUUUGCUAAACAAAAUGUGGUCCACAGUUUCUUUUCUGAAAAUUGCAGUCCCGAUGAUGAUUUAUAUUAAAAUAAAGCAAUGGAUCCUCCGAGCUCAGAAUCACAGCCUUCACAAAAGCCAGCUUAGCAGAGCAAGGGGCUCAGGGGCAAAAGUGGGAGACACUGUGAUGGUGGAUGGCUUUACCACACCAAGGAUGACCUCCAAGAGCUGGCAAAAGGCUGGAAACAGAGACUCUCAAAGCACCCUGAGCAAGCUUCCACCCCUCAAGGAGCAAACAAGCAGGAAAGCUGGCAGUUCUCUGGUGGUUUCACAGAGGUGCUCCAGAGAUCAGACACUCACAUUGCCUCCACAGGUGGAUGCAAAUAUGUUCUCUGACUUACAAAGACAUCAGCAAGAAAACUGGAAGAGAACCACUGCUCCAAAUGGGAAACAAGAAAUGCACAUAAAAAAUACAUACCUCCCCCAAGUUCCCCUCCCUCCAUUUUCAAGAGUGGGCUACUCCCACCCAUCCUUUUACUAUGCAAUGCCACAUGCUGAGGGUCUGCUAAGGUCCUCCUUUGCAUCUUUCUCACAGUACAGUGGGAGGACCCCCAGGGAGAAUGCGGUCUACUGCCUAGCUGUGGCGAGUGCCUUUAAAGAGAAACGCUGGCUUCAGCAGUUAGGAAUAGCAAGAGUCCUGGCCAAAAAGAGCAUUUCUACUCUGACUACCCAGGAAGGUCUAGCAAUGUGUGAAAAUCAUCCAGAAAUUACGCUUUGAAAAGUCAUGGAAACUCCACUUUGGGCAAAGAUCUGGUGAAAUGGAGCCUCCAGUUCUUCCAUGAACAUCAACUAGAUCUCAUGCUACCUGUCUCAGCCUCCUCAGU